AUCUAUGUAUCGUACCCACAUGUAUACGAGUGAAUACUGAAAAUUGUAAUCAAGCUAAACUACUUUUUGCGUAUAUAAAAUCAAUCCCGAAGUUCUUUUUGAAGCCCUAAAAAAUUACUGAUUGGAAACUAGAUUUAGAAGAAUUAAUAUUCUCACUCUGGCAGCCACAUUCGGUUGUUCAUCAUCAAAUCCAAAUAGCGUAAUUAAACCGAUGAGCAAUAAAUUUAAAUACAAUCAGCAACGUAUAGAUUUGAAUAAAUACACUUCACCUGUUGUUUAAGAUAAAAGAUAAACGCGCAAAAUGACACGAUAGAAAUUGUAUUCGCAUUGGCAGUGUUGACACAGGUUUGGGUUGGAAAAGUGGCAAUUUUUCCAAAAACCUGAGUUUCCAAAGCACGAUAAUGCCAGAACAUCAUCAUUUCCAUCACAAGGAAAAGCAUGGCAGCAGCAAAGCCAUUUUGGGUGGAAUUGCUACUGGAAUAGCAGCUGGAAUCACAGCUGGUAUAGCAGGUAGCAUCACUCACUCUUUAAUGGAGGACCGGCGCACUGAGCGCCAUUACCAUCAAUACUCCACAUCAACUUCCACGCAACCAAGUUCUACAAUCACAACUCAUCAUUAUCACGCGCAAGGCUCCGUGCCUCCUCCUCAUCGCAACGAGCCUCCUCCAGUUUACUCUGUGGCGGCCCCAACUCCUCCUCCAGUGGCUCGAGCUCCUCCACCAGCCUAUUCUGAGGUAGCACCAGCUCCUCCCGCAGUCCACACUGUGUGGGUAACACCCGCUCCUGUUCACGUAGUUCAGGCUCCUCCUCCAUUUGGGUACCCACCAUGCCAUCACUACUCGGUUACCAUUGGAUGUUUGCAUUGCAGAGACUGGCAAUGGAGUUUGUAUCCUCCAUUGCCUCCACAUGGUUGUCCACCCUGCCAACACCAAGUUUACACCAACGGCUGUGAUUCUUGCCAUGGAUGGAAGUGGCAUUAAGCCUAAACCAUCUAAAAUUGCUAGAAUGGAGGAGACUUCAAUCCUGCAAACGCACUCAUUAUAAUACGGGAUUAAAUUGUACUGAAAUAAAGCUUAUUUUUGUACUCAA